CCACAUGGACCCCACUCGAGGUAAAACUCUCCUGUAAGUUAUAAAGGACCAGGUUCGCGACUACCCGCUUGCACUUACUCAGUGAAACUCUCAGAUAACCCGCGGUUGCUACACCACAUUUUUCACCAUGAGGAUUAUUCUACUGGUGAUACCGGUCUGCCUUUUCGUUUUGGCGGAAGCCAGAAGAGCCCAGCAAAUACGUCCACGCGUAGAGCAGCCUCAAGUCUACUACGUUGACGAGGACGAUCAAGGAGCCGAAGAGGAGGAAUCCCCCGUCGUUUAUCAACCGAGAACUCGAGCGCUUCCCUCCCCACGUUCGAAGGAUACGAACGCCUCGAAACCUCCGCCGGUUCAAACGAUCCGCAACUACAACAAGGUGAACGACGACGGUUCGUUUACAUUCGGUUACGAAGCGGCGGACGGUUCCUUCAAGGAAGAAACUCGGGGAACGGAUUGCGUAGUUCGAGGAAAGUACGGCUACGUGGAUCCGGACGGUAACAAAAGGGAGUUCACGUACGUUUCCGGCAAUCCGUGCGACCCGAAUGCGCCGAAAGAGGACGACGACGAACCGGCCCGCGCUCAACAAGAAGAAGAUGUAUCCGGACCGGCGAAUUACCCCUCGGUGCGACCGGUGCCUCGUCCCGUCAGACCGACUUACACCGCGCCCACCACCAGAGCCCCGACGACGGUAUUUCAAUCGCAGUACGAAAUCGCUGACGAUGACGAGAGCCAGGAACUGGCGGACGUUCGCCCCCGACCUGCCCAACCGCAUCGUCGUCCUUCGGUAGUGACGAUUCCCAGGCGUCAGCAGUACAAUUCGCAAACUCCCGCAACUCCGAGCCAAAGUAGCGCAUCUGUUUAUCAGUCGGCCGCUUCCAGAUAUCCGACCCAAACCACUCCGUCGCCGGCUUACAGGACGUCACCUGCCUCUCCGUCGACUAUUUAUAGAGCAUUCGAAGCCUCGACCACCCCGAGUCCUCGACCUCAGACGUAUCGUCCUCCUUUUGUUCCAUCGGUUUCCAUAACUCCGCGACCUCACGCCGCUCAGGUUGCCGCGCAGUACGCGCCGCCAAGCCAGACGGAACGACCCGGUGUUAUUUUCGCCUCGGCGAGUCCUUCGCACUUGGUCAAUCAUCGUACAACGAGCACGGUCUCACCGUCGCCGGUUUCAGCCUCGCCUUCAGCGACGAGUCUCGAUUUUGCGGCUGAAUUAGAGCGGUACGUUAACACCGUCGGCAUUAGCCCGAGGCCGGUCAGACCUACGAGACCGUCUCCUCCCCCUCAACAAGCGGCGAAAGUAAAGACGUCCGCACCGGCGACCGACCCGAUCUAUCAAUCGGAACUCGUUUAUGACCCGUCAACCGGUCAGUACAAUACACAACUUUAUCAGACUUUACCUCAAACGCUAGGCGACUUUAGUUUGAGUCACAAACUACAACCGUUCGUAUCUCAGCCCGCACACGUCCAAAGACAGCAACAACAUCAUCUCCAACAGCUUCAGCAAGAACAGGAUCCGCGUCAGUCGGCGGCUUCCGUUUACAGACAACAAACGCCCGCAAGUUCCGCCGCCCCCCAGCCCCAAGAGGCAAUUUUCAGACAGCAGCAGUCGCAGAUCUUUCAACAGUCCCAGCAACUUUACGCCCAACAGCAACGAAGACAGCAGCAACCCCAUCGGUUUCAACUUCUAGAAUCCCAGCAAGGUUCUCAACCCUUCUAUUACAUCUCGCCGUCCCGGUCGUCGAGUAACGACAACUCGUCACCUCUGUCCGUAGGACAAAUCGAUCAGUUCUUACGCGGGGCCAGCAACUCCUUUUAGUCGAUAUUUCGUGAACUCAGCUUUUUGUCACGCGACAAAAAUUAUUACGGAGAGUCAGAGCCAACCUUCGUCUUUCGAUCCAGUUGUCGAUUCGUCAUCGCAAUUUCAAACACCCUAAAUAGCGUGAACAAAAAAAAAAAAGAAAAAGGAAAAAAAAAAAGGGAAAAUUCGUUCGACGCGUUCUUCCGCGAACCUUAAUUCGAAAUAUCUCACAUUAGAACAUAUAACGGUGAAAGCUUACCUGACGCAAUAUCAUCGCGGGUUGGCGUUCGAACUCGUAUUUCCUUAUAAUACCUAUACCAUUAGAACGAUUAAAUUAUCUCGUCUAACGAGUCCCCCUUGUCUUCGCGUCGUCAACACUUUGCCUACGACUCACCCCGUCCGAGCUGACGUAAUUUCAUGCGUGAUUGAAAAUACUGAGAAUGAGAAAAAAAAAAUGGAGUCAGAAGAAAGAAGAAUGAAAAACGUUUUGUAAUUCUCGCACGGAAUUCAUCCCCUCGUGCGGUGGAAACCGAGUCCGCUGACCGUUGUCCGCGCGUUUGCGGUACGCGAUCUGCGGUUACCGCGUUAGCUUCCCCGCGGAAAUUCUUGCGCGCCGAUGAAUGGGAGAAAAAAUGAAAGAAAGAAAAAAAAAAAAUUGUAUAAAUAAAGAAAUAAAAAUUUACACACGACGAGAUGAAUGAAUAAUCGAAUGCAUUACGAAGCAGAGUCACGCUUGUUAAACUCCCGACAAAGUCCGUUUAAUUACUGCGUUAAUAUGAAUUUUAACUGUUUUUCUUUUUUUUAAUUUUUUACCAAAAAUAUCACGAUCAACCGAAUUGAUAAACUUUGCAACGCGCGUCGAAAUUCAGAUGCAGUCGUACCCACGUCCGUAAUAAUUUUAUUCGAAACAAGCGAAAUUUCAAAAUAAAAAAAUUGAAUGUAAUAAAAUUGGAGAAAAGAGUUGCUAGAAUAGUAAUCGUCGUUAUUGUAUAAUUAUUCUAAAGAUACCGUAAGGUACACGGGUGUACGGAUGUAGGUCACGGUUGUUGCCUCAGGAUCACACCUACGAAUGAAAAACUUCUUUGAAAAGAAUAACGAUGAUAUUACAAAAGCACACUCCAACUUUUGCACACCUCCGACUUCGAUUUAAUCUCACCGUAUUAACUUCCAAAGUCUCGUAAAACAAAAAAAAAAAAAACUCGCGCGGUGCGCGAUACAACGUACGUUACGCAACAAUUUGCAAAUGAUCAAAGUCUUUAUAUUUGAGUGAACAAACGCACGGUUAUAAAGAACCACCGCCUAUAAUACCCACGGUAAAUUGCAAUCACUUUCAUUGGCGUGGCUCGGCCAAGUCUACUCGUGAAACAACAUUCUAAUAUAUCGCUAUUUCAACUCGUGGUACCGUACGUAGUACAUAGAUAUGUGCAUAUUUUUAAAUACACAACUGCACGCGUUGCAUCGAGUCACUUUCCUGACCGGGGCCGAGUUUUCCUCCGAUAAAAUGUAUCGGCUAUUUAUGCGGAAUGGAUGUAGUCGCAGUAGAGUUAUACGAGAUCACUUUCCGUUACGUUAGUUUUCACCCGUAGCUGAUCGAUCGGGUGGAAAGUUUUUUCUUCCGCUUUGCCUCAGUUUUUCUUUUCUUGUCUUCUCUGUUCUUUUUUUUUUUUUUUUUGGUUUUUUUCCCCCCCGCUUCGUAUCAAAUUUGCAAUAAUUAUCCGGACUUUUUGAUCACAUUUACUUUACGUGGUAUACCGAUAGAAUUUAUUCGACGAUUGUCGAUGAAAAGAAAAAAAAAAAUGUUGUAAAUAUUAUACCUACGUGUAAAAUGAUAAAGUGUACGUAAUAAUUAAGUUAGUUGUAUGGAUAUUAUAUUAUCGAUCGUAACGUAGCGACAACGAAACUCAAUUAAUUUUAACCUUUUGAGAAAAAAACGAAAACGAACACGUCUUAAUGAUAACGAUAAAAUAAAUACGAACGAUAUUUUUACGUAUGAAACAUUUAGUUAUUAUUUUUAUACCGUUUAUAUAAAAUAUAUAUAUAUUGAAUAUUGUAUACGAUCGAUGAAUAAAGUGUUAUCAAAAA